CAAUUAUAGAUUCUCUGGUAAUUAAAAUCAAUGAGCUAGAAACUAAAUUAUGCAUGAUUCCCUCCAUCCUCAAUGUGACUGUCUCUGAAAAUCCUGAUAACACAAAUCAUCUUUCUCCUACAAAUCUAAUCACACAAAAUUCUGAAGAAAAUAAAACUGACAAUACAUAUCAACCACAACACAAUGAAAUCCACUUAACCCCAAAACAGACGGACAAACCAAAACACACUGAAUCUGGUAACUCUGGAGAAGAUCUGUACAAUAGUAUAUCCGGAACGAAUAAAAACUUAGAUCCUUUCCCCAACACAAAAUCCAUUCCAAAUCCUCUCAAACUCAAUUCUGAAUCUCCAGCUCCUCAACAACAACGAAAGAGAACAAAAGCUCUGAAACAACUCAAAUAA